CCGGCGAAUCGCGAGUUAUGGAGCGUGGAGUGCAGGGACUUUGCUUGCUCCGUAGCACUGGAGAGUUUCAAGUGACAUUUUUUGUCCUUGGGAACAAAACACCCCCCGUCCCCGUCCCCCGAAAGCGGGUCUUUCAUAGAAGUGCCACAGCCGCAGACGGCUGGUAAAUUGUAAUAAGCUGCCGGUCUGCCCCAGACGAGCAACCUCGACAGGGAACAACUGGUUGGUUCCGGUUGAAAUUGUGAAACGUGGACGCACCAGAAUUUCGCCCGAAAUGCGCCAGGCCACCUCGAACACACAAAGUCGUGAGCCCUCUGUCACUCACACUGUAGAGGUUCAGCGAAUAAUGAAGGACUUGUUCCUGGAAAACAGUCAUCCAAGCGCGAAAGUUUCAACUUCGACCCCCGGCCGUUCAGCGACGCAAUGCGAUUAGUUAGGCGGGGCAGGGAUUUCACCUGCGCCCCAGCCCGGGGCGAAACCUUCAAACUGAAUGGCGGCAAAAUCCUUCCGCAUCAGACACACCGCAGCCAGCCGGGUUCCUGGUUGCCUGAGAUGGGGCAUCAAACGGACAGCUCGUUACGGUUGCACGGUGAACAAACCAUCAACAGCACCCAAUGGGCGGAGCCAUGAGAGCUACUAGUAAAAUGGCAUUCAAAAGGAUGAGCUGGUCUGUGAGAGCAAACAAAGAGAUUAUUAUUCAUUGAUGGUGUAGAAGAACAACGGUAGUUUCAUACCGAGGGAUUUGGAGGGAGAGCUUUUUGCCGCUGCUUUUUCCCAUCUAUUAGUUACUUGGCAAAUUGGUGAGAGUCCUCAUUAUCAAUCACAAAGAUAUUCCCUGUCUGAAGAGUCCGCCUUUCGGCACAAGAGAGCGAAGAAAGAAAGAAGAAAAGAAGAAAGAAAUGGGUCUCAGACUGGGGAAGAAACAAGAUGGAUCCACACUUCUUCAUGACAGGGUUAGUAUAGUUUAUAGUAUGGGGAGAUAUGCAGCUUUUUUUCUGCAGCGGUUACUACCCCCACAACAGUAGCAGCAAGUGAUCUUGUUUACACCCUUGAGCGGGAAUGAGACACAAUGAUGCACUGUUAAAAGAAUACAGCAAUUCAACAGCCAUGGUAACAUCAGUAUCAGGGAAGCCCGGAAGGUCAGUAAGUGAGUAUUCUUUCAAAAUACCACCCCGCCAGAACUAUCUCCACAUAGAAUGGAUAUAUAUCAAAGUGCGCAGGUUAUGUGUCAUUAUUGGCACUGCUUGAGACCCUGAGAAGAAGACAAGAAAACAAAACAACAGUGACAAUGAACUUUGAACAAGGAAAUUAUUUCAUUGUCAAACCUCAGUGGCCUGAAGUGCAUAUGUGUAUGUGUUGAUGUAUGUACAGUAGUGUUCAAGAAGUCAGCAUAUUAAAGACUCAGCACUGAGAAUUUCUAUUCUACUCAUCUACUCUUAAAAUGAAAUAAAAUCUCAAUCAAGUAUUUAUUAUAUCUUUAUAGACAUGAUUUAAAU